AUGGAUAUCACGCUCAGCUGGUGCUACUGGGCCCGCAGAGGCGGCUGCUCGCUCGUGCUCUUGUGCAGGAGCUGCUGCGCCAUCCUGCUCACCCUCGGCGGGCGCUGUUCCACCUGCUGCAACGCUGCUCCCUGCCAACCUUGCCAAAUGCGCUUGAUGAUCACUCUUUGCUUCCUGAGCUUGCUCAACAACACCCGAGACAAGCUCCUCUACCAAUUGUUUGAUGCCGCUCGACAGCGACGUGGUCCUUCUUUCGAAUUUGGCCUUACCCUUUGGAGAAGUUUCGACGUUGGCAUCGUCGGCGUCAUCGAGAACGUCCACCUUGAUGAUAAUCGUGGAAGUGAACUUGCAUGA